GUCUGACCCCGUUUCUUCUUCACUGUGCAUGCUGGGAACUCCCAGUCACUUAUCCCCAUCAUGGCGUCCCGUGCCCUGCUGCAGUGUGUCCGCUCGCUUGCACGGCCCUCGCUGAGGCUCUCCUCCUUCACCCUGGCUGUUAGACCUGCUGUCGCACCGGCAGCAGUGAUCCACCGACCCCUAUCAUUCGCCGUAGACAGCCGAAGGACGCGGCGGAUCGGGCAGAGCCCGGUGAGUGUCCGGUAACAUUGAGCAGCUGUAGGCCUGUGACCUACCGACGUCUUUCAAAAUCCUCAGACUCACCUGGUCUGCUGGAGGUUCACUGUGCUAUUAUGGGGGUUAUAUUAUCACAGUGGACAGUCUGACUCUAUGAAAUAACGGCCGUAAUCCACGAAAUCGUCAAAGGUUGUUUUUGAUUAUACAACCGCCAUGGAUGGCUUGUUAGCCAGUUAGCUUGUAAGUUAGUUUGAGAACUGAAGUGCAGUCCGAAGACAACUUGAGAGGAGAGCGCCGUGGUUAUUGAAGUUGACAGAGAAGUCUGUUGUCUGGAGCAAGCAGGGUCUAAGAAAAGGUCCUGUGUGCAGAGUUCCGUAUCUCAUUUGGAGAAAGUUUAAUCUAUGGAUGCACCGAAAUAUCGGCCAAGUAUCGACCCGUGUUUCGGUAUCGGCUAAAAAUCACCAAUGGCCUUUACCACUAAAAUCUGUUGCAACACAUCUAUUCAGUUGUGUUAAAAAAGCGAGUAAGCCUUGUUAGAGUCCGAUAUGUAAUGAUGACCCGAAUUUUUAUUAAAAAUUGUAAUAACACCCAAAGUGUAAUUAUUGGUCAAUAACAUAAGAUGCUGAGCCCAAAAUGUCUGAAAAACAACAAAUAACAAAGGGAAAUGAGUAGUGCCAGUGGAGUAAGUAGUCAUCUGUUAUUUUUUCACUCUGAUAUCUGUGUCUCUUCUGAUGAGAAUUUAAACAUAUGGUAUAAAGUUAUCGUUCAACCUACAAUCUUAAAGAAAUGUGUAUAAUCUAUAAUGUGUAUAUUACAAACAAGACCGUCAGAGAUAAAACUGAUGGCAUUUAUAUUGUCAUUUUUAAUGCCUGAAACCGGUGUGAGAGGGUAGGUGUCGGCCUACGAGAUGUAAUGUGCAUUCUAAUUUUGAGCCCUUGAUGUAAUUGUAGUCAUAAAUGCUGCACUAAUAUACUGUGUGUGCGCUGGAACAAUGCCUUUAGAGAUAGGACAUAAACAUUGAAAGUUUUCUCCAAAGGUUUGUUGUGAAGAGUGCCAUCAUUACUAGUGCUCCUCCAGCUUCUGUCACCUGCUGUAAUCAGUCUUUUUAGCUGCACCUGCAUGCUUAGCUCCUCAGUGUUGGCUCCAGCUCAAAGUCCUUUCAUCUGAGCCAUUUGGGAGUAAAAUGUGCCAUUUAAAAGUAAAAGUUGUUUUCUAGAACUGUGGAAGAUGCAGGAGUGGCUUAUUUAUGGUGUGCUAAAAGGGACUGUAAAAGCAUACAAUGGCAAUAAAAACAUGUUGAUUUCAGACCUUAAUAGUAUCAGGAAAUAAUGAUCAAUAAUAAUCAAGUAUUAACAGCCUCAGUGAUCAUUCUGUAUGUUGCCAUCUUGUAUGAUGAAAAUAUGCCACCUGAGACUCAGUGCUAUGCCAGGUCAGCCUGUUUUGAGUUUUGGAGCUUGUGAACAGUUUGUGUUUCAAACUUAAACCCAAAAAGUGAAGUCAUCAGCAUCGCCGACCCAUCCUCAUCUUUUCCUUCCACCUCUUCUGCCCCCCUCCAGAUCCCUGUAGUAGGCGUGCUGUGCCGACAGUAUGGGGACCUGCCCCCCCUCACCCUAGACACCAUCAAAGACCGUGUUAUGUAUGUCCUCAAGCUGUACGACAAGAUCAACCCUGACAAGGUGAGAGCGAGCAGUGACUAGCUAAGAUACUAUGAGGCCCAAACUCAGCUAACUAAGAGCUAAAGUGUGUUUGUGACUCUAUCAUCCUCAGCUGGGGGUAUCCUCUCACUUCAUGAAAGAUCUGGGUCUGGACAGCUUGGACCAGGUGGAGAUCAUCAUGGCCAUGGAGGAUGAGUUUGGUGAGUGUUUGUGGACAUGUCAAGCUGUCUGUCAGUCUCAUGACUGGACGGUGACCAACUCUUAAGGGUUUCUAAUGCAACAAGGUUUUAGUGAUAUGAGAACUCUGACCAAUGCCUUUGUUUGCAAUCUUACCAGCAACAUGAAAGGCUAGAAAGGAGCUACCUGGGGAGGGUGUUUUCAGAUUGUCAGAUGAGCUUGAAGGCAGUUUGAGAUUAAUUAAAAUAAAUAUGAUGCUUCUCUAGCAGACUUUCAAUCCUGAACCCACAACACCAUGGCUCAAUUUGGUUCAACUGUGAGACCUUGUAGAAAAUUGAAGGUCUGUGAAUGAAUCUGUUUGUGAGGCCAGAUUUUUGUAAGCUUAAAGGCCCUGGUUGCAGAUUCACCAAUGCCAGGACUCCUCUGUGUUUACAACCUGUGAAUCAUUCCAUCUCUUUAUUUUUGAACAGCAUAGAAACAUAAUAGAAGUGAUCCCAUUUAACCUUACAAGAGGACAAGCCCGGUGUAAUAUUUUGAUGUUCUGAGGGGACUGAUUUGAGUCAUUUAUCAGAGUGUGACUGCGACUCUCGAUCCAGUUUCAGUAAGCAGAGUUGGCACCACCAACCCUUGGUCACAUGCUUUUGCUGUUUUAUUGCUCUGGUUCAGGGGUUACAUACCAGUUUAACCAAACACUGCCUACACACCCACACCCACUUGAUCCCCAUGCUCUAGAUUUAAGUACCAACCAUGCUGCGCUAUGUGAUCUUCAUAUUUGAGAUGGCAUAAAAUGGUUUCAUCCAGGAACAGAUCCCACUUGAUUUGCAUGAAGGCUGUUUGAUUAUGGCCAAAAUGAUGGAUCAGAAUUUAAUUUACUGUUAUUUACCAUGGUCAGUCAUUUAAAGGUUAUCAUUAUGUCUGUCGCUCACUGGGGCUGAAAACUCUGCUUUACUACCACUCACCACUACUUUUAAAUAGUUAAGAAACCUGACAUCAUAAACAUCAACAAACUGUCAAUGCACAGAUCCCAUGUUGUUAUGACAACAUGAGCUGUUUGAAACAUUCUGAACCUCGGUAGUUGCUGUCAGUCAUGCUUCCGCCACCAUCAUGAUGGAGGUUUGCAGCCUUAAUGAGCGUGCCAACAGCCAGCUCUGGGUGAAAAGGAAUGGAGGUUUGUCAUGCUAUGUGUUUUCUCUCCUGCAGGUUUUGAAAUCCCUGACGCAGAAGCAGAAAAGUUGAUGACUCCUGAGGAGAUUGUACAGUACAUUGCUGACAAGAAGGACGUUUAUGAAUAAUUAGUUCCGUGGUUCCCUGCAGAGGUAAAUCUCUCUGAUGGCCAUGCUUUCCUUGCCCCCUGAAUUAUACUCUGGCUUUAUUUCAUGUGUUAUUGACUGAUCAGUUCUGUGAAUUUCUUCUAGAGUUGUUGACCCCGGCGUGACCCCACAGGAAGCAACAGAUGGGCACUAAACCAUCUCCCACAUAAUUCUCGUCGGCUCCUCUGUUCAUAACAGCUCUGUUGUUGGUUGCCGAUCUUGUUGUUUGACUGUAUUUAAUGAAUGAACAUGUGCUUUUGGAGCUUGGAGACAAACAGAAAAUAAAUCCAGAUUAUAACACAGAUUUUUUCUUCUUAUAGCUCCACCUUGUGGCUCUGAUGUAUAAUUUGUCAUAAAUAGAUCAAUAAAGACACUCGCUGUGAACUUCUAUGUAUCACUGCCCUGUUUUUUUUUUUUUUAUUAUUAUUAUUCUUGUUCUAUAUUCAAAGGAACAAUAAUAUUAGGGUAUAUACAGCUCUGGAAAAAAAAAGAGACCACAGCAAAAUAAUCAGUUUCUCUGAUUUUGAUUUUUAUAGGCAUAUGUUUGAGUAAAAUGAACAUUUUUGAUUUAUUCUAGUAACUACUGACAACACAAGUCCCAAAUUCCAAAUGAAAAUAUUUUGUCAUUUAGAUUUAAACCACAGCUGUCAUGCGUCUUGGCAUGCUCUCUACCAUUCUUUCACAUCGCUGUUGGUGUUGGGUGACUUAUUGCCAUUCCUGGUGUAAGCAUGGUGUAAGCACCUCAGCUUUGUUUGAUGGUUUGUGACCAUCAAACUUCCUUCUGAUCACCAACCACAGGUUUUCAAUGGGGUUCAGGUCUGGAGACUGGGCUGUCCAUGACAAGGUCUUAAUCUGGUGGUGCUUCAUCCAGUCCUUUAUCCAUCUAGCUGUGUGGCAUGGAAUACUGUCCUGCUGGAAAAACCAACACUAAGAGUUUGGAAACAUGGUCAGAGCAGAGGGCAGCAAGUUUUCCUCCAGGAUAAUCUUGUAUGUGGCCUGAUUCAUGCGUCCUUCACAAAGACGAAUCUGGCCAAUUCCAGCCUUGCUGAAGCAACCCCAUAUCAUCACUGAUCCUCCACCAAAUUUCACUGUGGAUGCAAGACAUUGUGGCUUAUAAGGCUCUAUGGGUCUCUCUCUAACCAUGAGACAACUAGGUGUUAGACAAAGCUGGAAAUGAGAAAUUUUAAGUAUUGAAGCCCCUGACGCUCACUGUAUCCCUCUGCCGGUAAAGUCAGAGUUCAACCCUCAGUUUCCUCACACAAAUAAUUUCAUUUCUUUUGGCAUGGAUGGUCAAUAGUUAUUUUUUAUCUAUUUUUCUUUUGUUCCAGUUACUUUUGAUGUAUAAUUAGUACUGUUCCAGUAGGUCCUAUUGCAACAGGAUAAUGAUGACCACAGAAAUGGUUUAUAUUUCUUCCUUAAUUAAGAUUUGGUUCAGGUGAUCACCUCAUUAGUACCUUAUUAGGUAGAAAAAGGUGUGCUUGUGUUGGAAUUCAACAGAUACUGGAAUAAAAUAACUGUCAUAUAUGUAGAGAUGCUGAUUUCUGAAAAAUUUACAGUAGUCUCUUAAAUUUUUCCAGAGCUGUAUUUGUGAGUGAUGAGGUAGAAAAGUGCUUCUGAAAGUAGAGCCAUGUUGAGGGUGAGGGAGUAAACAUUUUUGGAUGAUAUUUGGACUGCCUUAGUUUCCUGUGAAGUACAAUGAUUGUCUGUAACCCCAAAUAAAGCUGCAGCUUCAUUUUUUUACUGUAAGCAUCCAGACGUGGGUACAUUGGAGUAAGUUUUGCCUUUAAAAGAUGACCCUGUUGCAGGACUUUGGAUGCUAUUUUACUUCUCCCACAGAGCAAUUCUUUCAGAUGGAGAGGGAUCUUAAGGAUGUCAACCAAAACAUUACAAAAAUUAGAGUCAUAGUGCAGAGUUAAAAAUUAAAAAGAUAAACUGGAGAAAGGGAGGUGACAUUUGUGUGACAAGUCCUCAAAAUGAGCAAAUCCAUCAUUUAUAUCAAUGUGUUGAAGUAUGGAAAUACUUUGCUUUGCCACAGACUUGAAAUAAAGGUGGUGAUCACACAUGGGGCUAAUGUGGAUAAAGUGUCAGAAAUCUAAAACUUGGACUAUUAAUAACAGGGCUAUUGGUAAACUGUGACACAGAGAUGAGGAGAGGAGACUGAAAAAGACUGCAGUGGAAAGGGAUGAGGAUGUAGAAGAUCUGUUUUACAAACUGCACCAAUCUGAGAGUGCCUCAGUGUCAACAGGCAGUGGUUGAUCAUACUGCAGGUUGAUCCAAUAUCAUGUAUGUGAACAGGUCUCCCAAAGUGUCACCUAUGCUAUAAUGAAAUUAGUUGGUGGUUUUAGGGCCUGGACCAAUCCAAAUGAAAUAUUUAACAUAGGUGGGCCCUUGGACAGCUGGGUGAUCAACAGAAUGAAAGCCAAUAAACACGUUAGUCUAUCUU